AAUGUCGUCGUGUAAUCUAAAAUGAGAUGUGCGCAGUGUAAAUGAUACGCGCUUAUGCUAACAGUACAAUUACGACUUGAAAUUACAUGAGUUUAAAUCAAGUGAGCCAUUCGACUCAAGACUUCAUGAGAAAAACGACGGCCUAAAACGACGACAUUUGUUACAAACGAAACCAAAAACGAGAAAAAAGUUAUGUCAAGAUGACUUGGAAAUUUUACGACUUGAAAAUUGUAUUAACGGUGCUCAUCGGAAUCCCGUUGAUAGCAUCAACGAAUAUCGACUGUGGUGGAAGAAGUUUUCACUGCUUGAAUACGACUCACUUCAGAAUUUGUGUGGACUUAGGCGGAGGAUUGUCAACGACCGUCGAUGACUUCGUUAUUCCCUGUCCUUCACCGACUGUAUGCAGCCACAGUAAUCGUUUUGAGUGUGAGUUUCCACCAUCAGUUAGCAUUCCGCUUGCUGUGCCAAUUACUUUGACGAGUGCAACGAACGAAUUGGAAAGUGCUACGACACUUGCAUGGGAAGAAAUAGUUGUUCCCACAACUCUCUCAUUUGAUGCAAGUGCAGGACAUUUAGAAUUACAGAAUAACACGAAUGUGAGUACAAAAUCUCAAUUAGUUGAAGUAACGUCGCCAGCCAGUGUUAUAAGUAUUAGUGAAAAUGAAACAGUCACUGAAAUAAUACCAAUCCCAAAUACAACUUUCAAGCCACAAAUAACAACAGAGGACAUUUUGGUGGCUAACACUAUUUUACUAAACGGAACAGAUACCGUUGUUGAUGUCAGUAUAAAUAAAAUAACGGUUAUCCCAGAGGUUACUGGCAAUGCAACUCAAGCUAAUAUAAGCGCAUCAAAUAUAACCGAAAAUAAAAUAAAUGAAACAACGGUAAAUCCUAAAAUAGAAGUUAUUGCUAGCAAUGCAACUGAAGCUAAUAUAAGUACAUCAAAUGUGAUCGACAAAAAUGUAGAAGAAACAACAGCUAAUUCACAAAUGGAGGUUGUUACUUCAACAGCGUUUGCAAGUAACACGAAUACAUUAAAUAUGUCCGAAAAUGGUAUAAAUGAAAGAAAAGCUAUUAAAGAAGUAGAAGCUGUCACUAGGACCAUGACUGGAAGUAAUAAUACAGUCACAUCAAAUGAUAAUGAAAACAAUUUCGUGACAAAGACGUACGAAACAUCUACAGAUAUCAAUACUGAAAUUAGGGAUACGAGUGAGGCAAACUUGAAUAUUAAUAGUAAAACGACCUCGCUGGUAGAAGACAUUACUAUGGAUACCUCGGUCACUCUAGGGACCCCAAUUACUACAGCUGAAAAUGGAAGAUCUGCUUCAAGAGUUGAUGACACAGUAACAAAAGUGUCUACGACACCUAAGAUUACGAAAACUGCAGAAACAAUGAAUACAAUUAGUGUGACAACUACAUAUCCUAAAAUUACUGCACAUAAUAGUACAUCAGUUUUAAUACAUGAUAGUGUAAAUCAAAGUGUAAUUCCCGUAGAAAUAAAUCGAAAGAAAGCUAUAGAAGUAAUUGACUCAAUUACGACUGCGGUACCCGAGAUAGUAAAUACUGACGUAAAUGCAACACUUGUUGAGGAGGUUAUGGCAGCGACUAAUGCUAUAAACAUAGACAUUACAACCAUUCUUCCUAGUGUACAACACAAUCAAUCAUUUGUCACGGAAACUAACAGUUAUUUAAGUAAUAUAAAUGAAACCACCAUAGUGACUCCGUCACCUGAAACAGUUUCGGCUACCAUAUCUAAAGGAAGUUCAUUUGUUGAAAACUUUGUAACGCAAAAUCCUAUUUUUAGUGUGAACACAGAAUCUAAUGCACAGAAAACUGCUUCAACGACACUACAGGCUACCGAAAUUAUAUCUAAUACAGACGAUAAUUCAAUAUUGAACUUAAAAACGCCUAUAAAUGAAAGUACGACAAUAGUUGUUUACAACAAGAACGUAGCAGAUAAAGUAAAACAAGACAUAAAUAAAAUUAAUGCAACAACAACGAUAUCUGUUCCUAUUACAACUCAAAAGAUUGAUGUUGUAACAUUGGAUUCAAAUAAUCUCGUCGGAGAAAUUUUAGUCACAACAACAAUAUCGAAUGUCAACACAGAAUCAAAUGUUAAGGAAAGUACAGAAGCUAGUAACACAAUUGACUUUAAUUUAACAAUUAACGUGGAUACUCCCGUCGAAAACAGUUUAACUUCGACCAUUGUUCCGGGUUUAAAAACAAUAUCUAAUGUACCGGAAAACACUGACGUUUUUAAUGUUCCUAAAAUAUUGCAUAAUAUUGAUACUGAUGCAACAGUUAAUUCAAACAUACUUAUCGAGAAAUUAACAUCACCUACGAUUUCGGAAGCGAAUAUUACUAAUACAAGUGCUUUAUUAAAUUCUAAUGACGUUGACAUAAGUUCAACGAUAUCGCCUAACUUUCUCACAACUGAUACUAGUGAACUAAUAAAAUUAACAGAAAUAAAGUACGAAACCACAACUCUUUCAAGUGUUUCAGAAAUUGAUCUGAUUACUACAGAACAUAAAUUAAGGGAAAACACAGACGCUUUUGAAACAACAAUAAAUAACUUUUCACCGCUACUUGACACAAAUGCUGGUAACAACAAUACAGUGGCCGUGGAAAAUAAGAAAGCUGCAGGUUUAUCUUUGAAUAAUAAUACCGUUACAACAACAACAGAUAACAUGCCCAAAAUCCAGACUUCAACGUCGGAACACCACAUCAGAUCAACACAAAAUUUCACACCUGAAUAUCUAUCGACUUUCUCAGAAUCAUUUGGUGAUCCAACAACAUCAAACACAAAGCUGAACAUGAAUGAUCGCCAGUUAAAUUUCGAAACGUCGACGUCAUAUGUCUUGCCUACACAAUUGACAUCAGAUAUGGCAGGAAUUAGUCACAAUAUACCUAAAGUGAUAUCAUUAAAUAAAACAAAUGUGUCACCAACAACAAAUGACACGAGAAAUGCUGCUAUUGAUAACAUUACUUCAAUCAUGGAAGAAGGAGAUUUACCACCUACAGUUUCUGUCACAGAGUAUUUAAUCACUGAUGCACCAGGCACUGAAGCUCAACUGAAAAUGCGCUCCGGUAAUAUGAUUGACAAAGAAGACACGAGUAUAACGCCCAACUUAAACGCUGUGUAUAUUACUACAAGUCAAAAUGAAAUACUGAAAACAGAGGAUAAUGCAAAUGAUUUUGGCAACGUUAUAGUAAACCAAGCUGAUAUAUCACCAAGUCCUAAUCACCUUUCAACGGAAUCAUCUUUAUUGGAUCACGUAACUACCCAUAUUAUAGCAACACCUCAAUCAGCAAGUAAAGUACAAACACCUAAUACGAGCAGCUACAAUUUACCUACUGUGAAAGAGUCUACAAUUUUAACAACGGCGUCAAUAUUAGAAAGUAAUAUAAACGCAACAGGUAUCGAAAUUGCUAACGAAAGUACUGAUGCAGUAGAGACUCUUUUUAGUAAUACAAACUUCACUGAAAGGACCAGCACGAUGUCAAUCACUAUAACGCCGAAAGGAACUUCAGUAGCUCCUGAUGCAAUAAUAUCGACAGAAACUUUAGAAUCAACCACUCAAAAUAACAAAGCAUUGUAUGAUACUGAUGUACCAGAGGUGCAGACGAUUCCUACAGUAAAAGGCAAUAAUCUUAAUAUAAAUACUCAGGUAUUCAAUGUUCCAACAACUAUGAGGAGUCUAGAAAUUUCGGUGAAUGUUAAUACUGAAAGCGAACUUAAAAAUCCUCAUUCAAUAAAUACGGAUAUUAAUUUUCCUUCUAUAGCACCAUCGACCGAAGGAAACGUUAUUUCAAGCUCACCUCUAUCAGGUAAUGAUUUACCAAUAAACAACAAAUCACCAAAUAACGAUAAGGUAACAACAGUUGCCAACGUUGAUAAAUCAACACUUUCGGCAAGUCUUCAAAUAAAUAAAUUAAAUACUAAUGAUGCAACUAAAACACAAACUGACCUUUUGAACACGACAUUAACAAAAGGAACUAAGAUUAACUUUGAAACUGGGACCACAGUAACUACUUCCAUCACGAGAUCGCAAACCGAUGAAUUACUUACGGAAACAGGCACCACAACUGAAUAUGUAAGAAAUUCUAAUUUACAGCCGUUGAAUUCGCAAAAUAAUGUUAAUUCCGAACAUGGUGUAGCCAAUCAACCUGAAACAGAAACUUCAACACAAACAACGAGGUAUGUGGACACUGUUACUCCUUCGGUGCAAGGAACGUUGAAAUCUGAAAAACCCCAAACAGGAACUCCGGAAAUCCUUGAAGUUAAGAAGACAAAUAUACCUGUGCAAGACGUUACAAAUAACUUGCUUACGACGGAUCUGCGUGAAAAGCCUACGACAAUUGGUGGUAUAGUAGCAAGUACAUCAUUGUCACCUGCAAUUAACGCAGUUUCUAAUCAAGAUGCUAUAAUUUCUGCCACAUCUUCACCUGCAAUGGUGUCAGCGGGAUCAAAUACUAACAAUGAUUCCUUGUCAACAAAUAUUGCCACUUGGGAGACAGCGAUAGUCCUAGAAAAUAUAAGCUCUGAUAUUCUAAGAUCCAUUAAUACAAUCGCUCCUGAAACAAUUCCAGCAGUCGAACAUGAAAAUAAAAACACCAUCUUAACCGUUAUGAAUUCGACGUCAUCACCCCAUAAUGGUAGAGAAUUUAACAAUCCCACAAAUAUAUUGCAAAAUGUACCUUUUAAUACACAUGAAGCGAGUGCAAAUCAUUACCUAAUCACGUCUGAGCCAGUUGCCACAACUGAUCGGCCGGCAGACGCAGGAAAAUCAAUUUCGUUUACGAUUCAGUCAAUUGGGCCACAAUCUGUUAAUGACGAAUUUUACACAUCGCAAACAAAUAAAAAUCUACCACAACCAACCUCUUCCACGAAAGUGUCACCAGGUGCUAUAAAUAACCCAGAUGCUAAAACAUCUGUAGGAUCAAGUAAUAAUAUAAAUCAAAACGUUUUGACACCAAAAACAGUUACUUGGCAAAGACCAACAGUUCAAGAAAACAUUUCUGGUGUGCAAAGAUCUACAAAUAAUGAUGCACUUGAAAUCAUUCCUUUAACCCAAAAUGAAAAUCAAGUCGAUAUUUCAGCAAAUGUAGCCAAUAAGUCUACGGCAUCACCUAGCAAUGGCAGUCAUAUUAGCAACAUUGCGAAUCCAUUAGAAAACGUAGUUUUGAAUAUGAAAGAAGAAAGUGUAAGUGAUAACAGAACCAUGUCAGCAGCAAAUGUGACAACUCCGUCUGCAGGCAUCUCAACUUCUACAGAAUACUCAAGUUCUAUGAUUCAAUCAACCGGUUCGUUAUCUGUUACUUCGUCAAACGCUGACAAUAAUAUAAUGCCUCUUAAUGUAAAUAAUAGUAACGUGUCUGUGUUACCUGAUAGAGUAAAAAUUGUUCCACAAUUGCCUAAUAUAAACUCAGGCGUAAUUAAUCAGCACGAUAAAAAAUCAACUAUUGCUGAAACUUUACCAAACUCAGGAAUUUUGAAAGUGCUAGUUUCAAUAUCUGAAAACACUCAGAAUACAGAUAACGUGGUAAAAGAAGUAAAAAAUGCUGUUAAGGAUUCAAAGUGGCACCCACCUCCAGAGUCUGUUAAAAAUAAUUUUAGCAAUAUUAGCCUUUCUAUGCAAAGUAUAUCGAUUUUGUCGAUAUCGACUACAGACGUUAAACUUAACGUUACAGAAACCACAUUUACGAAUUCUAGUGUGGAAUUUCAUACGUCAGUGUCUAAAACGAAUGUCAACGCUCAACCUUCUACAGAUGGCAAUACCAAAUCCUUACCGAACAGAGUAGUAGAAAAAACUUCGCCGUUGAAUGACGAUUCUAAUUUAUCAAACAAUGAUAUAACGAAUAUCCCAGUUGUUAUAAUCGACAGGGAAAAAGUAAACAAGAACCAUAAUGUGAACAUUGAGCUUUCAUUUGUUCAGAAUUCCAGUUAUCCUCUUACAAAAACUUCUGCAUCUAAUAUACAGACUGCAACAAAACCUCACAUAACAACUGCCACCGAAGCAGCUGUGAGACGGGCACAAACAACAGGUAGCACAAUAGGAAGUACUCACCCAGUAGUUACAACAGGGCAGUUAAGUAUACUGAAUACAGUUAAGGUUGAUGUUGAACGCACCAAUGUUGAAAAAAAUUUAAAUUUUGAUUGUGAAAAUCGUAGGCGAGGAAGAUAUUCCGAUAACAAAGAUUGCAGGAAAUUCUACGUCUGUAUUGGUUUGAGACUACCUAUUGAAGGAUUGUGCCCAGUUAAUACCGUAUUCAGUGAAGUCAAGAAACAGUGUACCAAAAACUUGUCUCACUGCAUUAGACAAAAUCAAUUUAAAUGUGUAACGAAUGGAAGAUUCAGCGACGUUAUGGAACAGAACGUUUAUUACAUUUGUGUAAAAAAUCAUCGAGAAGAAUUUGUCAGAUUUAAAUUUCAAUGUCAAAAUGGUUACAGGCUUAAUAAAUUGACUGUAAGAUGCGUGGAAGAUGAAACAGAACCUUCGAACAAUUCUAUAAGUAACGAGUCUGAAGCAGCAGUAGAAAAAAGCUCCAGUUCAAAUAAUAGAGACUACUCUAAAAUAUACGACAAUAAUCAUUCCACAAAUGAAAAUGCUAAGGACAAUGGUUUGAAGACGGUAAAGGAUAAGUCAAGUUCUGAAAGAAGAAAAGGAGACGAGGAUUUCGAAUGUGAAGAAGAAGGUAAAUUUCCUGAACCAAAAAGUUGUAGAAAAUAUUACGUUUGUUCGAAAAGCAACCGAUCUGAGGAAUAUCGUCAAAGAAGAAAGAAGUGUAAUAGCGAUGAAGUGUUCCAUAAAGACAAAAAGAAAUGUGUCGAUGCCGACAGUUUCGAAUGUUCUUAAAGUAAUUCAAUAAAUUAACUAGAAUAC